AUGGCCCAUCUAGAAUCACGGAAGCAUAUAUCGGCAGACUCUGGAACUCCGAUCACUCUCCACCCCCAUUUCAAUCCGAAAAUAGUAUCUCAUGUGCCUCCCGAGCCGGUCCGCCAGGAGAUCAUUCCCCCAAGAGACCGAGCUUUCUUUGCAGAUCCCGAGAAAAAGAAUUUAUUUGCAGUGGCUAGAAGGAUUGAUCUAACUGAAUCAAUUGGCACGCUGCUCGAGAACGUGCAGCUGUCCCGGUUAACUGAGACGCAGCUUGACGAGCUAGCUCUGCUUGUCAAUGAACGAGGAGUUGUUUUCUUCCGGGAUCAAGAUCUCACGACUGAUCAGCAAGUUCAAUUGUUCGAACAUUUUGCACCCUCUUAUUCCUUACUAAGAAUGGAAGAGCACCCCGAUGUUGGAGGUGACACAGCUUGGGUAUGA